UUCUUCAGCCACGGGGGCGGGGUACAAAUUGAAAUUGACAACUCUUGAGCGGAGCCGGGUGCACAGUGUCGUAUUACGUCGUGCUUAUAUUUUUUCUGAUAACAUUUAAUGAUUUUCAAUUUGUCUCUUCCCGCUCUGAGAAAUAUUGGAUUCACAGGUAUCCAUUUGGCUAAUUUAAACCCUCAAAGUUGAAAAUUAAAGUAACCUAACUGCUUCUGCAAGAAGUGCUAUGUUCAAAGCUGUAGUUCGAAAUUUGCCAAGCCAAUUAGUAGACACUCUCACACCUGUUUACUUCAAAGUUACUAAGUGGACAUCUGUUGGAUUUCGAGGAACUCACAGUAUGGCAAAAACAGUGAAGCAUUCUGGCUUUAGAGUUAGAGUCUUACCUGCGCUUCAAGACAAUUACAUGUACCUGGUUGUUGAUGAGAGCACAAAAGAAGCAGCUAUUGUAGACCCUGUUGAGCCGAAACAAGUUCUCAGUGCUGUCAAGGAGGAAGGCGUCAACUUGACCACUGUGCUUACCACCCAUCAUCAUUGGGAUCAUGCUGGAGGCAAUGUUGACCUGGUCAAGAGCGCUGCUGGGAAACUGAAGGUUGUCGGAGGCGACGAUCGGAUUGGCGCAUUGAACCAAAAGGUUUCUCACGGAGACAGUUUCAAUAUAGGCUCGCUCAAGGUCAAGUGUCUCUUUACCCCUUGCCACACCUCAGGGCACAUAUGCUACUUUGUCGAGAGCCCCCAAAGUGAAGACCCUCCAUGCGUAUUUACAGGAGACACCUUGUUCAUUGCUGGGUGCGGCCGCUUCUUCGAAGGAACUCCUGUGCAAAUGCACAAGGCCCUGAUUGAAGUGCUAGGACAGCUGCCAGACCAAACUGAGGUUUUUUGUGGGCAUGAGUAUACCCAGCAAAAUUUGAAGUUUGCGGCACAUGUUGAACCUCAGAAUGAAGACAUCAAACAGAAAAUUUCUUGGGCAGACGCAACCCGAGCCAAAAAUGAGGCUACAGUUCCCUCAACAAUUGGGGAGGAAAAGAAAAUAAAUCCAUUCAUGAGGGUGAACGUGGCAAGUGUGCAGCAACAUGUUGAGCAAGCAGAUGAAAUUUCAACCAUGGGCGCUAUCAGGAUUGAAAAGGACAAUUUCAAGACUAAAUAAUUGUUAACCUUCAAUUUCUUUUGUUUUGAUGUGAAGGUUUGUUUAAAUAUCCGAUUUGGUAUGGGACAAAUUGACUUCCACACAAUAAAAAUAUGGUUUUAAAAAUUUAAAAA